CUCAGCUCGUGUUCUUGACAUCUCUUCUCUUCAAUCAAAACCUAUCGUUCAAAGCACCGUUUUGCAGGAACAUCUGUAGACACAAUGCCGAAAGCCCCCUCCGCCACUAAGAACGCCGCCGCUGGCAAGCCUCUCCACAAGUUCUACGUCGACUGCUCCGUUCCUGUAAACGACUCUGUCUUCGACCUCGCCGCAUUUGAGAAGUUCCUCCACGACCGCAUUAAGGUUGAUGGCAAGCCUGGACAGCUCGGCGACGUUGUCGCCGUCCAGAAAGAGGGUGCCAAGAUCGUCCUCACUUCCCAGAUCCCUUUUUCCAAGAGGUACCUGAAGUACCUUACCAAAAAGCAUUUGAAGAAGAACUCUUUUGAGAACUUCCUGCGUGUCGUUGCCACUUCCAAGGACACCUACUCCCUCAAGUACUUUAAGGUUGAUCAGGAUGAAGCUGAGGAGGAUGAACUCGCUUAAGUGCGUAGCUUCAAGGACAGUUGCCGGAGCAUGCAUGUAAAUGGUGCAUUGCAAAAAGAUACUCGACAUAGUAGAACGCGUGUUAGCAGGAGACAGAAAAAACGAAAAAAGGGUGAUAUGCUCAUUUCAAAUUUACUAUCAUCUCUAUAUAUUAAUAUUCCCCGCCUCACCUUGAAAAUUUCCUCACUUUUUGCCUUCGUUCUCAUCCAUUACCCCCACACCCCCCAUUCAACCGCCAGCGUUACGUAGACGAGAAUUGGCUCUACAUGCCUAUAACCUUUUCAGGCGUGCAUGCAUUGAACCAUGGACAUGAAAAAC